AUGUCCAGGUCGGGUGCAAGAUCUUCGGUGGCUUCCCAAUGGAACGAUGAGACUAUGCGCGAUUAUGGUGCUCCUUAUGAGACUGUCGAUCCUACGGAUCUCAGUGACCACGGCAGCUCUACCAGAGCAGCCGUGAAGGACGCGUUGCAUGCCAAAAGGGCGCAGUCUCAAAACCUGUCUGGCUCGACAAAGAAGCAGAAGACGAAGGUGGACCUCAGCAAGUUCUCAAAGAUUCCCUCCCUGAGUCAAUCCAAAGAGUUACGCAAGCUUGGUGACCACAAUGGAGCUGAGAAUACAACAGGUGCUUUCGCUCCUGCCAGUAGCUCGCGUGCUCCCGCUCCGUCCACUCCAUCUCAUGACAGUCAGCCGCUCGGAUAUCCAGGCUCUCGACAAGAAGCUUCUGAGCAAGACAUUGUCCUGAAUGACAAUAUCACUGUUGGGAAGUAUACAGCACGAGCGCUGUCAGAGAAAUUGACCCCUGCAGAUCAGUCCGAUAGGUCUAAACAAGGAGAGCCGAGCCUAAUCACGUCUCGGGCUGAUACCAAUGUCCAUAUACAGCCCCAGACCGGAGUACCUCUACCACAUUCCGGUAUAUCUACUCAAGACCAGCCACAGGUGUACAAUUCUACAGCAGAGACUGCUGUACCAUCUUCACAGUCGCUUCACCUGGACACAGCACCUCCAGAUACGAACACGAACAUGAACACCAUCCUCAAUCGAGCGGACCUAGAAAUCGACUGGGCAGUACUAGGAGAAUUUCGGAGCUUUACAGACUUGACCAACUGUCAGACAGGCGAAGACAUGUUCGUAGCAAUCGACAACCAGCGACCUAACAGUCAUUGCGGGUCUAGGGUUCAGCGCGUCUGGAUCAAGCACAUCAAUCCCCGCGCCGGUGAACCGGAUCUCAGUCGCCAAAUGGUUCGGACAAGUCCCGAGGCGGCAUUUCGCAACAUGAUAAGGAGAUUGAAUACGCUUGGUGAGGAUGCUUACCCAGAACUCCUGGUCACUGUCAAGGCUUGGCAGUCUGCGAUGGAAGCAUGA